AUGCGGGCUCAUUGUUUCAUUUUCGCGCUCUUGUCUCUGCUUAUUGUCGGGGUUCAUGGAGCACCCUCGGAUGUGCCCGCCUUCCCUUCUUGUGCGAUUGCUUGUGACAAUGACUUGUCGUCCGAUUGCUCAUUGAGCAACGCUACAUCGUGCUUCUGUGCCAGCAGCUCACGCCCUAAGACCCUACUGGAUUGCGUUGAAUUGAAUUGCACCCCAAAGCAGCUCUUCACUACGGUACGCCUAUACGAAAAAGAAUGCGGGAUCACUCCGCGUAGAGGCCCUCAGGUGGUCACCGGCGAAGUUCUCGCUACUCUUAUCCUGGCCUCCUUUUUCUUCAUCGCGAGAAUAAUCGCCAAGUCAAUGGGUCUUGCGGGUGGAUGGGGAUGGGAUGAUUAUACAAUUAUUGCUUCAUAUAUCCUGGGAGUCGCUAUAUAUGUGUUGCAUUUAUACCUGAUCCGGCAUGGGUUUGGCCAGAAUAUCUGGGAUCUCCCCUUUCCAACAAUCACCAAAUUCUACCAGUAUUUCCAAGCCGAAGCAGUUAUCUACAAGGCCCAAAUCUCCCUCGCAAAGAUUUCCGUAUGCCUCUUCCUUCUUCGAAUCUUUCAAUCACGCACAUUCCGGUAUCUCACGUACGCGCUCAUCGGUAUCAACAGCGCUGUUGGUAUCACCUGGGCUUUGGUCGAUGCUUUACGCUGUUGGCCGGCUCACCUAACAUACACCGGCUGGACAAAAGAGGAGCCUGGGUACUGCAUCAAUUUUGAGGCCGCCGUUCUCGUCAACUGUUUGGUGAACAUCAUCGUCGACUUCGUCAUCAUCGUGGUACCGGUAUCUGAAGUCCUCCAGUUGCAGUUACCUCGGCUGAAGAAACUCAGCGUGGCAUUGAUGUUUCUAAUGGGCUCUGUUCUCUGGAUAAUCGCCGUCAUCCGAGCCGUUGUCUUCUGGAACCACCGUGCCGGCUUCAAUGAUACCCUUGGACUUUACCCCCUUAUGCACUGGUCCGUAAUCGAAACCCAGAUCGCCGUUAUGUGCGCUUGUCUACCCGCCUUCAGAGCACUCAUCAGCCAAUGGUUCCCCGCCCUGCUAGGGAACACGACUCAGCGAACCUAUGCCUCUGGAACAGCUGGGCAAUACAAUAAAAUGCCACCAGGAAGCGACAAUAUCAACAAGUCUGUGACCUACACCGUAAACUACGAGUCGCGGUCGGUGACGAAUAGCGACGUGGAGUUGAUUGGGGUGGGUUCAACACAGCAUUAA